UUUGCAACUAACGUAAUUUCCAACAUAGAUAUUUUGCGGGAAAAACAAGAAAAGAAGUUGACACUGGCAUAUUGUCAGGCAUUGCUGAAAAGUCAUGGAGUCAGCUGACCUAGACAUGGAUGAGAUAUUUGAUGAUCAUGAUGAAGACGAAGAUAUUGGCGCACUGCCUGACCUUCCAGAUGCCACGCAGUCCCAGGAUGCAUCACAGGAGAACGAGGAAGCUGAGAAUGCUGAGGUACUAGCUCGUCUAAAGGACUUGUCAAAAGGGGCAUCCAAAAAAGUUGUGAGGCGUCCACAACCGAAGCUUGAUCCUACUAGGCUGUCUGGUGCGAGGGGAAUACCCAUCCUGGCCAAGCAGUUUGAAAAGGUGAAAUUCAAGGGCAAAGGUCAUGAGGCCUCCGACCUUGCAUUGAUCAUGAAACAGCUGGAGCACUGGGGUCAUCGUCUCUUCCCCAAGAUGCCAUUUGACGAGGUACUGGAGCGUGUGGAGAGGCUGGGAACCAAGAAGGAGGUGCAGACGUGCGUAAAGAAGAUACGCAUGGAUAUGCCCAUCCUGGACGACGACUUUGUGGGGUCAGAUCGCGAGGAUGACGUCGAUCGAGUUGGUGAUGCCGUGAAUAAUCAGCAAACAGCUGGUGAGGAUGUAUGGGACGAGAUGUUGAGGGAGGAGGAGGAGCAACAAUCAACAUCGGCCACACCUUCUCGGAAACCUAGCUCUGCCCCUAGCAACCAUGCAGAAACCAUAGCAAAGCCUUCAAAAGAGCCUGAGUUUACUGCCACGAGAAUUGAAGAACCCACUGCACCUGGGGGUUUCACUUCGGACCAGUUGGCACGUAUAGAACGGAACAAACAGCUGGCUAUGGAGAGGAGGUUGAAGAAGACAGGACACAUUACCCCAGGGAAACCAAUGCCCAGUCCGGCCUCACAAUCCCAACCACAGCAGCUGGAAUCCAGAAGCACAGGAAACAACUCCCAACCCACCCAGUCUACUCUUAUAAAUCCCAAGGGCGACAUUUUUGAGGCAACCCAGAAUGAUAGGAGCACCACAGGCAACACGAUUGAGGACUCUCACCAUGAUAGACCUGAAAUUGAUGAUGACACGAGUCUGAGCCUGUCAGAAACACGUAACAGAACUGGUAAACUGCACAAAGCUGAUGAUAAGAAAGUGGACAUUGUGGAUGAAAGUAAAGGUAAAACAACUGACAAUGAUAAAAAUGACAGUGCAGUAGAGGUGCAUGAAGAAAUGUCAAAAGUCAUUGAAAAGCAGACCAGUCAGAAUAUUACGUUGUAUAAAUCUAAAGUAGCAUUAGGUGGAAGCAAAGUCAGAAGUGAUGAAAACGAGAGAUUUCAUGAUCAAAAUGCAGCUGAUGGUGGCACAAGUUUGGAAGUAGCUACAAGUUUAAGUGGUAAUGUUAUUCCGGACGAGUUUCUGGAUUCGGAUGAAGAAAUGUCUAUAAUGGCUGAUGUAGAUGUUAGUCAGAUGAAGGUCUUGAAGUCAAAAGAGGAAAAUGUUGAUCACAAGGAAGGGUCUGAUAGAGAGAAAAAUGUAAACACUGAUGAAAACAAUGGUAUAAAGUUGCCUGAAACUAUGGUUGAGAAUGUUGAAGACAAAGAAAAUAUCAAUACAGUCACUGAUGUGGGGGCUGAUCUAACAGAAAAAUGUGCAACCCUUGGUGCAGUUGACAUGAAAGGAGACCAUGCUAUCAAGGUGAAUGGAGACGAUCAGAUGAAUGAAGCAGAACUUAUGGACACUUUGGAUAGCUGAUUGCUGAUAUUUUAGCUUUUAAAUUCACAUGGAGACCUUUAUGAAGAAAGUUCUGUAAAGUUCUAUAGUUUAUAUUCCCAGUAAUCCCGCUUUGAAUUGGGUUGUACUAUAUAUAUAUUUUUUAUGCCAUGCAUAUUUAACUUCCUAGGCAUACAGUUAAAUGUAGUUGUAGUACAUGACUAUUUUUGGAUGGUUGAGAUUCAAGAUGAUUGACCAGUAUGUUGGAUGAAACUUUAUCCCCAUCUUUCAGCUUCAUUUGGACAUAUAAAAAAAAUGUUAUGAUUAUGAGGCACAAAUGUUAAUAAUAAUUGUGUGACAGUAACAAACACAAAUCCCCAUGGCUACUGUAUAUGACAUAAAAGGUCAAAUUCAUGCACCUGCUGUCAAACGUCUAUCACUGUGUCAAUUGGGUAUGAAGGGAUAUUCAGGGUGCACGAUCAACAGGGUUUUCAGUGGUUUACACAUGAGCUGGACAGAAUGUAAACAAACCGUUAAGACCUUUUUUAUGCUCCCCGAAACAAAAUUUCGGCGGAGCAUAUAGUUGCCAGUUUGCCCUUCCUUCCUUCCUUACUACUUUCCGUCACACUUUUGUUACCGUUUCUCAAAGCGCCUUCAAUACUUUACCGAUCUCUUUUAUAUUUGGCAUGUAGGUACCUUGCAUGGACCUCUACCUUUUGAUGAGGUUUGAGAUCACUGAGUUCAAGGUCAAGGUCACCGAGGCUAAUAGUAGAUUUUCCGUCACACUUUUUUUACAGUUUCUCAUAGGGCAUUCACUACUUUACCGAUCUCUUUCAUAUUUGCCAUGUAGGUACCUUGCAUGGACCUCUACCUUUUGAUGAGGUUUGAGGUCACUGGGUUCAAAGUCAAGGUCAGCGAGGCUAAUAACAGAUUUUCCGUAACCCUUUUUUUUUUACAGUUUUUCAUAGGGCCUUCAAUACUUUACCGAUCUCUUUCAUAUUUGGCAUGUAGGUACCUUGCAUGGACCUCUACCUUUUGAUGAGGUAUGAGGUCACUGGGUUCAAGGUCAAGGUCACCGAGGCUAAAAGUAGAUUUUCUGUCACGAUUUUUUUAUACAGUUUCUCAUACGGCCUCCACUACUUUACCGAGAUGAUCUCUUUCAUAUUUGGCAUGUAGGUACCUUGCAUGGACCUGUACCUUUUGAUGAGGUUUGAGGUCACUGGGUUCAAGGUCAAGGUCACCGAAGCUAAUAAUAGAUUUUCCAUCACGCAUUUUUUACAGUUUCUCAUAGGGCCUUCACUACUUUACCGAUCUCUUUCAUAUUUGACUUGUAGGUACCUUGCAUGGACCUGUACCUUUUGAUGAGGUUUGAGGUCACUGGGUUCAAGGUCAAGGUCACCGAGGCUCAUAAUAGAUUUUCCGUCACAGUUUUGUUACAGUUUCUCAUAGGGCCUUUAAUACUUUACCGAUCUCUUACAUAUUUGGCAAUGUAGGUACCUUGCAUGCACCUCUACCCUUUGAAGACGCUUGAUGUCAUUUGGGGUCAAGGUCACCAAGGCUAAAAAUAGAUUUUUUUAGGUGGUUAUUAACACAUAGAUUGACAAAGCGUAUCAUUGGGGAGCAUCCAUCGUUUUCAACGAUACUUGUUUUCAAAUGUCUUAAGUUAUUUAAAUACAUUUGCAAAAAUCUUGAGUGCGUAAGACAGUUUUUCUUUCGGUUUGUGCUGAUAUUUUAAGAUUAAAGAAUGAAUAAUUUAAUACACCCGAAAUCAGUGCCAACUUUUCAUAGUACGUGCUGCAUUACUGUGUAAUUGAAUGUUAUUCAAAUCAAAUUUUGGCCAAGAACACAUGCUUAUCAAAUAAAGUAAUUCUGAUGUAUUUCACAUUGCAAUAAGCAACAUAAAAAACUGUCUUUUAUGCACAAGUUGAAAUUCUUAAGGAAAAUAGUUUUAAAAUUUAUUUGAAACAAGAUUAUUUCCAAGAAAUAAAAGUCCCCUACCGGUAGCUAUUUUAGAGAGAUCGUCUUUGUUAAAUUUAUUUGAAAGAAUGAAGUUUACCUGUUAAUUCACUUAUUAAUUAAUUAACCUGAAAUGACGUGCAUGAUCUCCAUAUUGCCAUCUAUCCAUGUUUCAAGUUUCAUGAAAAAAUAUGAAGAACUUUUAAAGUUAUCGCAGGAUCCACAAUUUUCAGCAAUAUUUCUAGUCUAAUUGUUGCCAUAACAACCAGAGCAAUAUUUGUUGUUUAUUUGUUGCCAUAGCAACGUGAAUUCUUAACAUGGGAACAAAAUGAAAUAACGUGCAUGAUCACCAUCUUGCCAUCUAUCCAUGUGUAAAGUUUCAUGAAAAAAAAUAUGGAGAACUUUUAAAGUUAUAGAAGGAUCCACCAUUUUCAGCAAUAUUUCUAGUCUAUUUGUUGCAUAGCGCCCAGAAUUCUAUACAUAGGAACAAAAUGAAAUGACGUGCAAAAUCUCCAUAUUGCCAUCUGUCCAUGUUUAAAGUUUCAUGAAAAAAAUAUGAUGAACUUUUAAAGUUAUUGCAGGAUCCAGAAAAGUGUGACAGACUGACAGACACACAGGGUGCAAACCUUAAGUCCCUCUCCAGUUUCACCUUUAGGGGACUAAAAAAAAGCACCACUUACUGUCGUGUUUACAUCCAUUAAUAUUCAAUGGUGAACCAUAUUGUCACGUGUUCCUGCACGUAUUAAUUACCUAUUAAAUAUUGAUUGCUGUAGUUUUGUAUAGGAUUUUUUUUUAAGUAACAUGCCUGUCAUUGCCUUAAAUGAAAUAUUAUUAAUAUUGCAUUUUAAUAAAAAAAAAUAAUAAAUUUU